AUUCCGGGCGGGCAUCUGGAAACGGUAGUUGUCGUGGAAACGAGAGACACUCAGACUUGUAAGAACGCGGACUGUGAAAAGUGCAACUUUAAAGAAGGGGAGGGCGGCGGGACGCGUGCUUGUGUUUGCUUCAGACGAGCGGCGUUUUGUUCACGUUGGUAAAGGUUUUUGCCCUCCUGCCUCCUUUUCCGUUUCUGUCUCCCUCUGCUCAGUUAUCAUGUCUUUUGGGCUAUUUGUGACCCCCCGGCGAUCCCUGAUUUCCAGCCGUGCCACGACCUACCAGGAUGACUCUGACUUUGGCACGAGUGACCAUUCUGCCAGCCCCUUGCCAGACCCAAGUACAGAAGGACCCCUGAAGAUCAGAAACAAAGUAGACUGCGGAUCGGUUGUCAUGACGUCACGCUUCAAUGGCAAGGGCACCUUACUGGCAGUAGGGCUGAGCAAUGGUGACAUCAAGGUCUUCCAUCCAGUUGAUGGCACGUUUCUCUACCAGUUGAGUGACAGCGAGAUCUUGAUGGCUGCUCUUCCCGUCACCAGCCUGCAGUUCCUGGACAUCAAUGACAAGUGGAAAGACUUGCUUCUCCUGGCUACAUAUGCCAGUGGGCACGUGCGUCUGUGGCACGUCUCUGGCAAACAGUGCCUGUGCUCCAUAGAGGAGGGAGACCGGCAGACCCUCUCGGUGGCACUUUCCCCCUCUGGUUCCCGAUUCGUCACCAGCGGCUCAGACUGCAAGCUGCACGUGUAUGAUACGGAGACGAGGCAGCUGGUUCAGACGUGCCAGGGCAGCAUCGCAUUGAACAAGAUGGAUGGGCACCGUUUCCGGGUGUUUGCGGUGGCUUUCCACCCAGAUAUGGAGACAGAGUUCAUCUCGGGCGGGUGGGAUAACACAGUGCAGUUCUGGGACAUGAAUCAGGUCACUGCUGUGAGGAAGCUGUUCGGUCCCCAUAUUUGUGGCGACGCCCUGGAGGUGGACGCUUCAACUAAUCAGAUUCUUACAGGCUCGUGGAGGAAAGAGAACGCCUUAGAGCUUUGGGACUAUAAGACGGGGAACAAGCUGAGUGACAUCCCUGAUGACCACACGGGACACUCCCUGAUUUACAGCUGCCAUUACCUGGGGAGCGAGUACAUAGUGGCCUCGGGCAGUGAGUCGAACAUGUGCAGAGUCAUCGACAAGAACACCAUGAUGACUUCAGGCCGAUUCCUGGACCUUCCUGGUGGAGUAUAUAGCACCUCGGUGUGCAGCAGCGGCAAACAGGAGGGCCUCAUCGCCACCUCAUGUCAGAGUAGCGUCUACCUGCUGGAGCGCACGAUUUAACCUGCUGUGGUUCCUCACCUUGGCGUCUCCUCACAUUCCAACGGCAUGGGGAGCAGCUCCAGCUGUCAAAUGGAGGCAGGCACAGAAUUUCUCUGUCUCUUUCACUGUUCUCAUUGUUGCUGCCCAAAUGUUCAUGUCUGUUUUCUUAAUAAAGUUUGUUGUUGGUUUACA